AUGAUUUUUGACUUUGAAGAAUUUGUUUAUAUUGAAGAAAAGACUGUUGCUCUUGUAGUAGUGAUUGUACAAAUAUUUUAUAUAAAAAAAUUAAUAUUUGAAGUAGAUCUUGUUGAAAUGCUAAAGAGCAUUGGUGUUAAAGUUAAGAAAACAAAACUGAGACAGGAGCUUAAAGCCAGAACUAAGAAGUUGGAAGAAACUAUAUCAUAUUAUUCAGUUAAGAUUGACAAACUUAACACCAUAAUUGUAGAGCUAGAGAAAAAUAAGACAGUUAUAGCUAAACUUGAGUCUGAAAAUACAGAAUUUAGAGAUAGGAUCACAAAAAUAGAGCAGAGACAGAUGCUAAGUGAUAAUGUUUCUAAAUUAUCUAUAGAAAUAGAUACUUCAUUACCUGAAGAAUUGAUUCCAGAGAUGGUUGCAAAGCAAUCAGAGUCUCUUCUAAUAUUUUCUGAAAAGAAAAGACCUCAAGUUCUCGACUUGAUUACUCAGCUAUACAAUAGCACAUCAUCAAAAAUAUUAACUAAUUCAGAUAGCAGAGAAGUAUUUUCAAAAAAAAAAAUAUGUAGUGAACAGGAUUCAAAGUGCAAGAAGAGAAAAGGUAUAAAUAAGCUUAAACAAGAAUUAUUUACUUCAGAGUUGUCUAUACAAGAAAACAAAAUCAGUCAAAAGGCCUUAUAUUAUCUAGCUCAAUUAUGUGAUAAAACUUUUAAUACUAAAGAUAAAGCAAAUCAAGCUAAUCAGGAAGAAAUUUUAUGCUAUUUCAAAGAGACUAUUUCUAAUUCUUCAGAUAAUUUAUUACUUGUGUCUCAAAUAACUCCUAUUAAGGCAAAUAAUGUCUAUGAUGAUGUGUAUUUUGAUGAGGAUUUACAGGAGGAAACAAAUAAAAAUAAGUCAGAUAGUAAAAACAAUUCUAGCGUUUCUGAAGAAGAAAUACUAGAUAAAUUGGAUAACAAUAAAUAUA